AUGGUGGCGGCAGGUGGUCCGGAGGCCCAGGCCCCAACUCCACAGUAUGUCGAGACGCUGGGCCCCAGUGGGGGACUCCGGGUGGGUCUCUGCCCUUCUUGUCAGAGGCUUUUCGUAGUCCUGCUUCUCAAGGGCGUGUCCUUCCCACUCACCACCGUGGACACCCGCAGGUCCCCAGAUGUGCUGAAGGACUUUGCCCCGUGUUCGCAGCUGCCCAUCCUGCUCUAUGACGGCGACGCCAAAACGGACACGCUGCAGAUUGAGGAGUUUCUGGAGGAGACGCUGGGCCCCCCAGAAUUCCCCAGCCUAGCGCCCAGAUACAGGGAGUCCACCGCGGCGGGCAAUGACGUCUUUCACAAAUUCUCCGCGUUCAUCAAGAACCCGGUGCCCGCGCUGGACGAUGCCCUGUACCAGCAUCUACUGCGCGCCCUCACCAAGCUGGACAGCUACCUGCGCGCGCCCCUGGAGCACGAGCUGGCGCGGGAGCCGCAGCUGCGCGAGUCACGCCGCCGCUUUGCGGACGGCGACCAGCUCACGCUGGCCGAUUGCGGGCUGCUGCCCAAGCUGCACAUCGUGAACGUGAGCUCCGGGCCGAGCGGGGCGGACCCUCGAGGAGACCCCGACCGCGCCCCUCGCCCGCAGACGGUGUGCGCGCGCUUCCGCCAGGCGCCCAUCCCCGCUGAGCUGCGCGGCGUCCGCCGCUACCUGGACAACGCCCUGCAGGAGAAGGAGUUCAACUACACGUGUCCAUACAGCGCCGAGAUCCUGGCGGCCUACCGGCCCGCCGUGCGCCCCCGCUAGCGCGCCCGCCUCCCUCGCCACCCGCCCGCUCGUCUGCAGCCCCAGAAGGGCAUCUCUGCCUCAGUGAGCGGGUACGGCAUACGAGGACCAGAAGCCCCGCAAUUUCUGCCACCCCCAAACUCCCACCGUGAGACGCUCAGCUCCAGAUGAUAGCCAGAAAGGACCGGCAGAGAGCCCAGUGGGCGGGGCGCGGUCCAUCCCCCAC